AUGAUACAAGCAGGACGUGAGUUCUUGAGUCAUCACGAUGUUGUGGUGGAAUCACCAACGGGUUCGGGGAAAACGCUCGCAUACCUUUUGCCCACUUUCGCCAUUCUCAACAAAAGGGGAAAAUUCGGAAAACAUGAAUUUGGUGCAGUCAUCCUGUCGCCUUCGCGGGAACUUUCGUCACAAAUAGCUUCCGUGGCCAAACCUUUCGCAGAAGAACUGGGAUAUUCUAUAGCAGUGACAGUGGGAGGAACAAAAGUGGAACAAAAUUUGAAGAAGCUGAAAAGCUUAGGAGGAAAUAUACUGAUUGCUACACCUGGUCGUCUAUUCCAGCUUUUGUCUUUGGAUAAGGAUGGAAGUUUGAAACGGUCUCUCAGAACCGUUGAAGUGUUGAUCGUGGAUGAAGCUGAUCGAUUCCAUGAAACACAGUUUGAAAUACAAGGAAAUAUACUGAUUGCUACACCUGGCCGUCUAUUCCAGCUUUUGUCUUUGGACAAGGAUGGAAGUUUGAAACGAUCUCUCAGAACCGUUGAAGUGUUGAUAGUGGAUGAAGCUGAUCGAUUCCAUGAAACACAGUUUGAAAUACAGUGA